CGCCCGUCCAGUGGGCCGCUGACGGGCUUGCGCGCCUGUGCGGAGCCGGAGGCGGGGUGCGGGCCGGCUGGGGCUGCGGGGGCCGCGGAGCCAGGCGGCGGAGAGGGCGGGGCCAACUCCGGGACCGCGGCGACAAUACACCGAGCGAGCGCCUCGGCCCGAGGGCAGCGAUGCUGUGGUUCCAGGGCGCCAUUCCGGCCGCCAUCGCGUCGGCCAAGAGGAGCGGCGCGGUCUUCGUGGUGUUCGUGGCAGGUGAUGAUGAGCAGUCUACACAGAUGGCUGCAAGUUGGGAAGAUGAGAAAGUGACAGAAGCAUCUUCAAACAGUUUUGUUGCUAUUAAAAUCGAUACUAAAAGUGAAGCCUGCCUACAGUUUUCACAGAUCUAUCCUGUAGUGUGUGUUCCCUCCAGUUUUUUUAUUGGAGACAGUGGAAUUCCUUUGGAAGUAAUUGCAGGAAGUAUUUCUGCAGAUGAACUUGUUACCAGAAUCCACAAAGUCCGGCAGAUGCAUUCAUUAAAAGGUGAAGCAUCAUUGGCAAAUGGCAGCCAAUCAGAAGGUUCAGUCUCUACUCCAUCUGCCUCAUUUGAACAUAACAACACUUCUGAAAACUGUCAGUCCAGAAAUGUAGAGCUCUGUGAGACGCCAUCCACUUCUGAUACAAAAUCAGAUUCUGCAACAGGGGGAGAAAGUUCAGGCCAGACCACUGUGUCUCAAGAGCCUAGUGGAUGUUCAAAUCAGAGACCUACUGAAGACCUCACCGUCAGAGUGGAAAGACUAACCAAAAAACUUGAAGAAAGAAGAGAAGAGAAAAGGAAAGAGGAAGAACAGAGAGAGAUUAAGAAGGAAAUUGAGAGGAGGAAAACUGGAAAAGAAAUGUUGGAUUAUAAAAGAAAGCAAGAAGAAGAAUUAACAAAAAGAAUGUUAGAGGAAAGAAACAGAGAAAAGGCAGAAGAUAGGGCAGCUCGAGAGCGUAUAAAACAGCAGAUUGCUCUGGACCGUGCAGAGAGAGCUGCUCGGUUUGCAAAGACAAAGGAAGAAGUAGAAGCUGCUAAAGCUGCUGCCCUGCUGGCCAAACAGGCAGAGAUGGAAGUCAAGAGAGAGACUUCCACAAAAGAAAGAAGCACUGUUGCGAGAAUUCAGUUCCGUCUUCCAGAUGGUUCUUCCUUUACAAAUCAAUUCCCUUCUGAUGCUCCUCUAGAAGAAGCUAGACAGUUUGCUGCACAGACUGUUGGCAACACUUACGGUAACUUUUCAUUAGCAACAAUGUUUCCCAGGAGGGAAUUUACCAAAGAAGAUUAUAAAAAGAAGUUACUGGAUUUGGAACUUGCCCCAAGUGCUUCAGUGGUACUGUUGCCAGCAGGAAGACCAAAUACAUCCAUGGUACAUUCUUCCAGUGGAGACUUUUGGACAUUGUUGGGGACAGUGCUUUACCCAUUCCUUGCCAUCUGGAGACUGAUAAGCAACUUCUUAUUUAGUAAUCCUCCUCCUGCACAGACCUCGGUGAGAGCAGCAAGUUUGGAAACCUCAAACCUUGCAUCGUCUAGCAACUCAGAAAAAAGGGAACCAGUCAGAAAAAGAGUGCUGGAGAAACGGGGGGAAGACUUUAAAAAGGAAGGCAAGAUAUAUAGAUUGAGGACUCAAGACGAUGGUGAAGAUGAAAACAACACCUGGAAUGGGAAUUCUACUCAACAGAUGUAGUGCGACAAGUACAAUAUGUGCAAAAAUCAUUGUUUCUCUUAUGAUUUAAUUCAACUAAAAUUCUGCUGGAGAAGUGGGACUGCUUUAUGUGUUCCAGCUCAUCUACAAAGUGUCUCUCUAUUUCUGCUUAGUGGGUUAAAGUUGUUUAACUCAGACAAGAGAUCAGAUAACUGGCUGCUGGGUCCUUGUAUAUGGUAACCAACUGCUAGAAGCCUAAAAAAAAAUCAAAAAGUCUGUAACAGCCUCCCUUGAUCAGCUUUCUUAUUCAGUAUUUCAUAUACCCAUUUUAGCCCUGUGCUCUCAGAUGAUACAUUUGUUUAGGGCUGUUUUGCUCUGAAUCCCUAAGCCAACACAAGGUAACUGUUAUGUCACUGAGUAAUCUGACUCUGAGAGCAUUUUAACUAGCCAGCCAGAUGAUAAUUUGGGUUUAACUUUUCUUGCUCAUCAGCUGCAAGCAAAAUCUUGUAGUUUUUAAUCUUACUUAAACACUGAAUAAAAAAAAACUUUUCCAAAAA